UGGGCUCAAAUAUGAGCUGAGGCGCUAGAAACAACUUUAUUUGGGGGAAAGUAAUGUACGUGGUAUAAUUAAAUGCAUUAGCCUGAAAAGACUUUCCCACCAUCAGUCUGAGGACUUUGUAUGUGUAAACCUCUCAUAACUUUAAUUUAAGAACAAACACUGGCACUUGUUUGUUGUGUUUGAAGUAACAUCGGAACGUUUUCCUAACAGAAGGACCUUUAUAUAAUCAGGGACCUUUAUAUAUCUCAAAUACAUACCAACAUUCUGAAACGCUAGGGAAAGAAACUUAAUGAAACUAUAAACAUUACUAUCGAAACGAUAGAAGGCGAUGAAAUCAAUGCAAAGGGCUUCAUCGAACCAGUUUCUAUUUUGAGUCGACUUCGAAAAUAAGUGUUCUUUCAAGUGUUCUUGUGUUUUAAGCAUUUAUCAGAAAGAUGAACAAUAAGAUCAUUUUCAAGAAAUUACGCAAUCGUAUCGUUCCAUACUCCCCACCGGCGAUAUUAAAUCCCAGAAAUAACCGGGUUCGCGUUCGGAAUGCGCCAGCACCACAACGUAACAACUCUGUUCAGGUUGAGGCUGCUCUUGGAGAAAUAGCUCCGACUAUGGCUGAAGUUACCGUUGAUGUUUUAGCCGAGGCUGACCCCAAUAUGGAGGUUGAAGUUAUGGACGAACCUCUGGCAGAGGUUGAAGUUUUGGCCGAGGCUGGCCCUAUGGCUGAAGCUGAGAUUGAAGUUAUGGAGGAGGCUGACCUUAACAAUAAUACUGAGGAUGAUGAUAUGGCUGAGGUUGACAUUGACCCUAUGGCCGAGGUUGAAAUGAUGGCUGAUAAUGACCCUACGGCUGAGGCUGAAGUUUUGGCUAGGGCCCCGAGGUUGGGAUUGAACUUCUGGCCGAGGCUGACCCUGAGAUGGAUGUUGAAGUUAUGGACGGAGCUAACCCUACGGCUGUGGCUGAAAUUGAAGCUAUGAAGGAGGCUAAGCUUAAUACUUAAACUGAAGAUGAUGAUGUAUCUGAGGAGGAAUAGAUAGAGAGCAAGUGAUUGAACGGCAAUCCAAAAAUAUAAUAAGUAAAUGCAUAACGGACAUGAAUUGCACUAUAGUCUGAAUACCUUAUUGUGGCGAAAAUAAAUAUCUUCAAGGUGGAGACAAAUAUUUAUUUUGUGUUUUUGUAUUGGGUUACACAAGUUCAUAUCUUUAAUAUUACCAAAAAUUGUGGGCGUUGC